AUGGCGAUGUGCGACGGGUUCAUCACGGACGCGCUGAUCCGCCUGUCGCGCGCGUGCGCGGACGCGCACGCGGACCCGAGGGUGAACGAGGCGCUGCCGGACGACCCGGACGGGUUCAAGAACGUCCUCAGGGCGGACAUGGAGCGCGAGGACGAGGAGAAGGCUGAGAAGGCUGCGAGGGAGAAUGUCCAAAAAGAAGACGACGGCGGCGGCGGCGGCGGCGGCGGCGGCGGCGACGACGGCGGGGAGAUCGCGCCGCGCCCGGACGCGGCCGGCAUGCGCUCGUUAAACAAGACGCGUCUCAACGCCGCGGUCGAGAAGCUGCACCCGGACUGGGGCGCGCCCGAGGCUCCCGAGGGCGGGCUGCACGCGUCGCUGUGGGACCCGGUCGGGUACGAGGCGAUGCUGAAGUCGAAGCGACUCGGCGGCGCGGACGCGGAUUCGAAUUCAAAAACGACAGCGACAGGUGCUACGGAUGGUGGCGGCGGCGGCGGCGGCGCGCGCGGCGGCGGCGGCGGCGGCGGCGCGCGCGGCGGCGGCGGCGGCGGCGCGCGCGGCGACGACGCGCGCGGCGACGACGCGCGCGACGCGUCGUCGUCGAGCGCCGCGUCGUCGUCCGAUCGCGAUCUCGGCGAUCGCGACGACGACGGCGACGACGCGGUCGAUUGGGCGAGUAGAUUGGACGCGCUCGAUUGGGCCGCCGCGCGCAGGCACGUUUGUCCCCCGCCGAUUGGCAUCUCCACCACGAACUUCGAGCGCCCGUCGGGGCGCGGGCCGCUCGGGGUGUUACACGUCGCCGCCGCCGUCGGGAGGGUGUUCCCGAAGCACCUCGCGGCGAAGAUCGCCGUCUACGCCAUCAACGCGUUGGAGGAGAUCGCCACCGCGGCGCGCGGCGACGGCGAUGCAAAUUCAAAAACGACAGCGACAGACGCCGAACCUCCCGCCGAACGUCCGUACCGGCUCUUGUUCGACGCCCAGUGCGUCUGGGACGCCGCGCUGACGCUCGCGAUGUGCGGCGGCAAGGGCGCCAAGGCGUGUUACCCCGAGGGCGACGCCGCGAAGCCCGUGCUCGCGGACGUCGCGGCGUCCGCGACGCUGCCGCUCGCGACGAACGCGGCGAAGCUGUACCUGUGCGCGGUGCUCGAGGCGUGCGCGGCGGAGCUCGUGGACGCGGCGUUGGAAGCGGCGGCGAAGGCGACCAAGGCGGGUGCGGUCGCGGCGCGAGCCGGUAAGGGCGUCGACGCGGGGAGUAAAAAGAACGGCGGCGGGAGCGGGUCCGGGUCUGGGUCAGGGUCUGGGUCCGGCGCGAGCAGAGAUACCAAAGGGGACCCUCCGGGGACGUGUAACAUCGUCAUCGAGAAGUGGGAGGGAUCGCCGGAAGCGCGCGAGCGGUUUAAGACGCACUUUAAGAUUCGCGACGUGACCAAGUUUGAGAAGGUUUUGAAUCGCUUCUGCGAACGGCAAAAGCUGGACGUCGAGACGCAGCAUCUCGCCAUCUCUCUCGACGGCGAGCACAUCGACGGCGCGGUGGAGUUGUCGUGCUGCGCGGACGACUACGACCUGCGAGACGGCGCGAUCUUGUACGCGUGCGACGGAAACGUAAAGCACCAGCGCAUGUCCUCUCUGCGGUGCGGCCUGCGGUAUGGGGGGGAAAAGACCGCCGCCGCGAGAGAAGCCGACGGAAGAGACUCGGCUGAAAAACCCAAAAAAGCACACGCGGAUGAAAACGCGGACGUCAUCAACGCGGACGAAGAAAGUAUCAUCGUCGCGCUACCGUCGCACCUCGCGCUCGCGCUCCGCGCGGACGAGGAGCUCGGCGCGCAGACCGCGGCCGGGGCGGCGAUGCCGUACGCGGGCGUCUCGUACACGGCGCUGUUGGACCUCUACGCGCCCAAGCAAGCGCCGCUGGCGUCCGGGAAAUCGUCCAAGACGGCUCAGCGGAAAAAAGCCGACGCCGCGCUCGAUAAGGAAUGGGAGAAGGCGCUGCGUAAGAAGGCGAAAGAGGCCGAGGCCGCGCGCGUCAAGAAGGAAGAGAAGCUGCGCAAAGACCGCGAGAAGGAGCGACGCCGGGUGGAGAAGGAGGCGCUGCGGCGCGAGAAGGGCGAUAAGGGCGCGAGAGGAUCGCCCGGCGGCGGCGGCGGCGGCGGCGGAGGCGGGUCCUCCGGGGACGGCGGCGGCGCCCGGUCGGUCGAUCCCGCCGCGGCGCAGCCGGAGGUGGUGCAGCUCAUCGCGUCUCGGUACCGCGAGCGCAUCAUCGCGAAGGAGAAGGCGGGCGGCGGCGUCGGGGAAGGCGGCACCGGGAUCGGCGGCACCGGGCGAUCGAUCCUUCGGUGCGCGGCGGCGACGCCGCCGUGGUGCGAAGGGGUAGUAGGAGGCCCCGACGCCACUUCCGCGUGCGCGUGCGGAGAAGUCAUCCCCGAGCUCUCCGACGCGUUCGCCGCCGUGGAAUGCCUCGCGCCGUUGUCGUGCUACGCGGUGUUUCGAUGCGAGCGCGGGUGCGUCUACGCGACGCACGUGCGAUGCUUCGAGGACUGGUGCCUCGCGGGACGCGCGCUCGGCAGCGGCGGCGCCGAUUGGGACGAGCCGCGGCGGAUCCUCGAAGCCAUGUCGAAGAGCGAGCCGGACGCGCGUGUCCCGCCGGAGCACGUGGUGGACGCGGUCGUCGCGGCCGCGUGCUACUUCAACAGUGUGAACGUUUCUUCUAACGAUUCGAAUUCGAACGCCGCCGACGCGGCCACGAAAAAGGCGACGUGUCUGACGCCCGGGUGCGGCGGGACGUUGACCUCGGGCGAACGCGUCGAGAAGGGCGUCGCCGCGAAGGACCUCCUGGUCGCGCCGCUCGAGCUCGACGCGGCGGAGAGAGACCGUCGUGAGCGCGUCGGCGACGCUCUGAGCGCUUCCGACGGCGGCGAGAACGGGGGGGUCUCCUCUCCCGGGGGCCCACCGUCGAGCGCCAUCGAGCCCGCGCCCGCGCUCACCGACGAGGAGUUCCUCGCGCUCGCUGCGAAGCGCGCGGCGGAGGAAGCGGAAGCGGAGGCGAAGCGCGAGGCGGAGGCGGAGGAGAAGCGGCGUCGGCUCGCCGCGGCGAAGGCGAAGGCGACCGCGGCGGCCAAAGCGGCGAAGGAGAAGCUCAGGGCGGAGCGGGAGGCGAUUCAGCGCGAACAGCAGGAGCUGAAGGCGAUGAAGGAGCGCGCGAAGCGCGAGCGCGCGGAGUUGGAGGCUCAGAGGAAAGCCGAGAGCGAAGCCGCGCUGCUCGCCGCCGCGGAGGCGUUUUCGGAGCAAGAGGAGGAGGAAAAGCGCGCGGCCGCGGCGCGAAAGGAAAAGCAGAAGGCGAAGAAGGAGCGGCGGAAGCUGGAGAAGCGCAAUGCGGUGGCCUCUGCCUCCGCGGCGGCGGCGGCGACCGACGGCGGCGUCUCCGCGGAGCCCGCGCCGGCGGCGCCCGCGGAGACGUCGCCGCCGACGUCGCCCGGUUCCGCCGCGAGAGCUCGCGACGCCCGGGAUCCCGCGUCCCCCGGCGGCCGCGUCGAACGCAUGGGCGGCGGAAAUGCAAACGCGCGCGGACGCCGCUCGCUCAUCGAGCGACUCCGCGCCGCGCGAAGGGUGUACGUCACCGGACUCCCCGCCGUGGACGCCGCGCAAGCGCUGAUGGCGUUCUUUUACGAUCAGGCGCGUUCUAUACACUGGUCCCCAUACGACCGCGUCGGCGUGCUCGCGCCGACGCACGGCGAGAACGUCCUCAGAGAAGGCCGCGUCCGCGCCGCGCCGAACCUCUCAGGGUCCGACGGCGACUCAUCGCGCGCCGCGUUCGUCGCGCACGUCGAGUUCUCUACCGCGUCCGCGGCCGCCACCGCGCUCCGGCUGGACGCGCGCGCGCCGGACGGGUCGCCGCUCGCGUUGAGGCCGUCGCCCGACGCGCCGCGCGCGUUUUCCGAGCCGACGCGCGAGGUCACCGACGCGCUCGACGCCGCGAUCGACGCGGGGGUGGUGUCCCCCGCGGACGUCGACGACGACGCGUGGGAGGCGCUGCACCUGUGCACGACCGAGGCGGCGACGUACGCGCUGGGGUUGAUGCUCAAGACGGGCGUCGUGGGGGACUGGAGGGAGGGGUUGCCGGAGUGGAGCAGAGUCGGCGGGUGCGACAGGCGCGUUCUAUCUCACACUGGACUUUCGUUCCCGGCGUGUCUCUCCGCCCAGGGUCCCUCGGUUUCAAUCCCGACACACCUCGACGAAGGCCUUUCAACUCCGCUUCUGACGCCUUUCAACUCCACCCCGAUAUCAUCGCUCGUAUGGACCCUCGACCCUCACAGCGCGUUCGUCGCGGCGUUGGAGUGCGCGGAGGUUGGUCUGCACGUGAAACGGCACGGGCUCCAGGCUGUCGGCACCCUGCAGGGCAUACCGGGCGGCGCGCGAUCCCCGGGCGCGGCGCGCGCGUCCCAGUCGCAGUCGCAGUCGCAGUCGCGCGUCGUCGGGGUCGGGGCCGGGGUUGGGGUCGGGUCGUCGCCGGUGGAGCACGUCGCGCGCGCCGUCGAGCGCGCGCGCGUCGACUUCGACGCGUUCGUCGCGAACGCGAACGCGAACGCGAACGCGGCGCGCUACGACCACGGCGUCGCGCAGACGACGACGACGACGACGACGACGAAUUCGCCCCCGCCCCCGCCCCCGCCCCGACCCGCGGUGGUCACGACGCACGCGCACUGCGAAUGGAUCACGAAUAACCCGGACGUGCGCGCGCGGUGGUCCGACCCGGAUCCGCGCGUCGGCGGUACAUGCGUCAGCUGCGGCGCGUGCGUCCCCGAGGCGCACGGACCGGACUGCGAGGUCCCGGCCGCGGCGCCGGGUCCCGCGGACGGCGCGCUCGCGAUUCUGGGGCCGACGUGGCACCCCCCCGCGAUCUGCCGCGGGAUCGGAUACCCGAGGGCGUUCGAGCGCGCCCCGCCGGACCCGCCGCCCGCCGCCGCGCCGCCGUCGUGGCCCGGCGCCACCGCCGCGCGGACGCGUCAGAGCGUCGCGCCGCCGCCGCCGGGAUUCGUCGUCGGGAUCCACGCAACGCGCGCGCCUCCCCCCCAGGGGCCGCCGCCGCCGCCGUUGGGGGACUGGGCGACCGCGAGGACCGACGCGCUGACGCGGACGCCGCCGCCGCCGCCGCCGCCGACGCGCGCGCCGCCGCCGCCGCCGCCGCGCGCGCCGCCGAGUCAUCAUCAACAUCAUCAUCAUCAGGCGCCGCCGCCGCCGCUGACGCACUCCAGCGUCGUCGUCCCGCCGCCGCGCGCGCUGCCCGUCGCGCUGACGCACUUCGGGGACGACAGCGACGACGACGACGAGGACGUCUGCCCGAUCUGCGCCGAGUGCAUGGAUGACACGGACAAGGCGUUUUUUCCGUGCGCGUGCGGGUUCCAGUUUUGUUGCUUCUGUUACAACAGGAUGAAGGAGGACUUCUUGGAGCAGUUUCGGUGCCCGGCGUGCAGGGCCGCGUUCGGGGAGGAGGGAGAAGACGGAGAGCGCAGCGACGACGACGGCGACGACGACGAUUCCGAUAACCGCGAGGAGGAGUGA